AUGGAUGCUGAAAUACACCCUUUGCUAAAAGGCAAAUCCAAGUCAUUGGACACCGACAACACCGAUCCAACACACCAACACGAAGCCAUAACCUAUCGACAUCUUCUGUCUCAAACACUUGGUUCUCGGGAUCCCCUUCGUGUCAUUGCCCUUUGCGACUCAGACGCAUUCUAUGCCGCCUGUGAAAUGGUUCGUCUGGGAACAGACCCCGAGCUACCGUUGGUGGUACAACAGUGGGACUCCCUGAUCGCAGUGAACUACCCUGCUCGAAAGUUUGGCAUAUCGCGAAUGGAUAAGGCGGCCGACGCGAAGAAGAAAUGCCCAGAGCUUAUUUGUGUACAUGUACCAACGUACAAGGAAGGGGAUGCUGAGCCUGGACAUUGGGGGCCCGUAGACCCGAGGACACAUAAAACGUCGUUGGAUACGUACCGUACUGAGAGUGGGAAGAUACUGAAUGUAUUCAAAGAGGAGCUUCCGGGUGUAGAGAUUGAGAAAGCUUCCAUAGACGAAGCAUUCUUUGACCUGACUCGUCCUGUUCGCGAAGCUCUUCUGCGCCGUUAUCCCCAUCUUGCGUCUGCCUCUCCUAAGGACAUGGACACACCGCUUCCGCCUCCCCCACCAAUCAAAUGGGAUGAACUCGGUCACCUCAUACCCAUCGAACCCGAAACAACUCCGGCGGACGAGAAGGAGGGGCAAUCGUCAAAAAUACCCGAAGCUGUGAAGGAGGAGUCUCUUCCCACAUGGCAUGACGUGGCUUUGUCUAUUGGUGCUGAGCUGAUGGCGGGUGUGAGGGAGAAGGUGCGAACGAAGCUAGGGUACACAACGUCUGCAGGGAUCGCCAGAAACAAGUUUCUUGCGAAGCUCACCGCUUCGUAUAGAAAGUUCAAUAGCCAGGUACGAAGAAUUUCGAUUCUUCGCAAUGCCGCUAUUGCCAAUUACCUCAGGCCAAUGCCAUUUCAAAAGAUUCGAUUCCUUGGGGGUAAGCUCGGCAAAGCGAUCGCAGAAGAAUACGAUGCCAGCACCGUAGGGGAUCUCUUGUGCAUACAAAAUAAGUACGGCGAGAGCGCAUUGUGGGUCUGGGAGAUUCUUCGAGGCAUAGACAGGUCAGAAGUUAAAGCGAAGACGGCGUUCUUCAAGAGUAUGUCAGCCUCCAAGAACUUGCUCAAACCACUCGUGAAGCCUGCGGAAGGCGCACAUUGGAUCAGGAUACUUGCUGCGGAUUUAGUAUUCAGACUGAAGGCUGCGCGGGCCGAACAGCCAACGCUUUGGCCUAAGACACUGGUUUUGGGUGCAUAUAAAGGAUUUGGCAACGGACACUCGAAGCAAGCGCCAUUCCCCUUCAUCAAAGAUGUGUCCGUCGACAUAAUCGCUUCGAUUGCGGAUAAGCUGUGGAAAGAGCUCAUGGGGCUCGAGGUCGAGGGCGCCCCUCUAAAUAUACGGCAUAUGCACAUGUCCUUCACGGGGGUAGGAACGGCGGAAACUGGCCAAGGCAGUAUAGAAGGUUUCUUGAAGAAUCUGUCAGCGAACGAAGACGACGAUGUGUUGCCCUUUACUGACGGCACGCCAAUCAACCCAGGCCGCAACUCCCCAGACUGCCAUACAGCUCCAUCUUUCACAUGUACGCGUUGUGGGAAAACCAUAAGUUUGGAGGUGAACAACUCUGAUGCGUUCAAUGAUGCGACCGGCGCAACAGAUAUCAGCAGGGCGAGGCUGGACUGGAACUCGAGGGUUGAUAACUUGAAGCGGGAGCAUGAAGAUUACCAUUACGCACUAGAUUUGACACGGAGAACUAACGGAACGUUGAAGGUAGGCAUGCCCGGGCCAGUAUCCGGCUCGUCCUCGAAGAAGAAACGAAAGACGGAGAGUCGGAGUCGAGUAUCCACAAAAGGCAAGUCGCCAGGGAUCGAGAGGUUCUUCAAUACGUCCAAGUGA